AGACUUUCUCUCCGAUUUUCUCUUCAAUAUAUUCCCUCCUCCUCCCUCCAAUAAUAUUCCCACCAGCCAACGUUCCUCCUCUCGCUCUUGUCAUUCCGCUCAUCCACUCGCUCCUCCACAUUCCGAUUUCACAACGAAAGGGCACGAAUUCCACUGCAAACAGAGCACCAAGAGUGAAAGCGGCCCACGAUACAGCAGUGGUUCCGUUGGAGCAGUUCCAAGAAACAGGGUUUGAAAUAAUAAACAGUGUAGUUUCUCUUCUGAAAAAUUGAACUUUCACUUUCACGCAAUAAGAGGAAGCAAGUGGAUAAUAAUAAUCCGACACAACGGAGCAAUGAGAUCUUCUUGAGCACCUACUACACGACCAACCUGUGGACGAACCAGGCUGCUGCUGCUGCCUCUACUGCUUCUUCUGAAGGAGCGAGCGGAUUUCGUCUCCUUCAUCUUGGAAGAGAAUUGAGAUGAGAAACGAGAAUUUGGAGCUGGCCCAAAGCAGUGGUAGCGACUCCAGCCCGAGUUGGGGGCUAGACUCCAACUCGGCUCGCGUAUCAAAUUUUACCUUCGAUUUAGGGCCAACCAAAACGAUUGACGACCUUACAACUCGAUUUACCUCAACAUUGAGAUCCACCAAAAGCUCGGAGGUGCUGAGUGAAACAUCGGAAGAAAAAAGCACGGCAAGCACGUCCACCACAAGCUCUCACAAUUAUCACCAUCUUUUUCCAUCCACAUCCAAACGGUGUUUCAAAUACGGCUCGGGUGAACGGAUUAGUGGAGAUUCGGUAUCCGCUGGACCUUCCUCUUCAGUUUCAGCAGAUGACAAGAAGGUAGCGAAAGAAUCGAAGAUUGCCAAAUUUCUUCGAAGGACGCAGAGUGCUCAUGAUGACAAACAAUGUGCUGGGGGAGGACCGAAAUUCGGAGGAGAAUGCUCCAAGGAACCAUUACAGAAAAUUGAUGACACGGAUGAGGAAACUCAGACCAGAAAACGCAAUAAAGGAACAGAUAUAAAAUUCCGCCUGGGGUUCCUCAAAAGGAGACACACCGAAGGUACAAUCAAUCCAUCCUCAGUCCGACCGGUGCCCGAAGAGGCUCAGAAAUGGUCAAACUCCUUCAGCGAUCUCAUGGCCUCCAAAUAUGGACAAGCCUUAUUCACAGCUUUCCUGCAAAGGGAGUUUAGCGAGGAGAACAUUGAAUUUUGGUUAGCUGUUGAGGAUUAUCGAAAAAGUCGACAAAAUAAAUUGAACAGCAAAGCUCAGAAGAUCUAUAACGAAUUCGUAAUCGCUCAGGCACCCAAGGAAGUAAACCUUGACGCUUUAACACGAGAUGGACUUGUUUCAAAAAUGGCACAGCCAACCCCCUCGACAUUCGAUCAAGCUCAGAAGAGAGUCCAGGGUCUUUUAGAAGCAGAUGCUUAUUCCCGAUUUCUCAAGUCUGACCUUUACAUGGAAUUGUUGCAUCCAGAAAAAUACCAAAACUCAUCAUAAAGUAGCGGUAGUGGUCUUAUUAGAAGUUUUCUCAGUUUUACUUUUACAAACCAACCUCCUCAUCUUCACGACGACUCCAUAACCACGAAUGAUGAUGGGGUCGAACAUGUAACUUAAGAACAUCCAGAGAAAGCGAGAGGGAGAGAAGGCCAAGAAGAUGAGUAUUAUACACGAGCUCAUUAUUAUUACCAGACGUGAAGAUAGAUCUCACACUACAGACUCAACCUCAGAUCAGAGAAAGUAUGCAACUAGUCAAUUCUAACCAGUCAGACGUAAAUCUAUUGAGAUUUUCAAAAGUUAAAGAAUCUGCUAAAACCAUCUCAUCUCUCUUCAGAAAACUCAGCAGGCAACACAAGCCCGCAAGGAGCUUGUGAACUCCUCGCGCAGCUAAAUAUUACAUUUUACAUUCGCGUCAUGAGCGACAUGAUAUUUUGGUUUCACUCACUUAAUAAUCUAAUUGUAUUGAAGUGUAUGUAUGUAUGCAGAAUGAAUAAUGUUGUAAGUUACCUUUGCAAUCAACCAACCUGCGUCACUUACUCACCAUCCGUUGUUACAAUGACGAGUAUGACACAGAUAUUUCAACAAUAGGUUAUCCGCAUUGCAUUAAAUUGCAUUGAGUACAUGCACACACAAAAAUAUACAUAUAUAUUACCAACAUACUACUACAUACAUUCCUAAUGUCGUUCAAACGGAUACCAAAGAUUCUAUACUACUUUUAUACAACUACAAUUUACCCUGUAGAUCACCAUACCUAUGUAUUUGCGUAUAUUUAAAUAGUUGAUGUUUAUAUUGUACCGUACAUAUAGAUAUUUAUCAUUGUACCGCGUGUAUAUUAAUAAUGCAUAUACAUGAAUAACCAUACUUAAUGAGUACUUUUAUUGAGUACGAAUAUAUGCCAAUAGUCAACAAUUAUCAAGAAAAGCACUAAACUUUUACGAUCCCAGAUAUUUUAUAUUCAGAUUUACAACUACAAUAGCUUUUCGUAUUUAUCUCCAUUGUUAAUGUAUUUAUGUAUCAUCGUCAGAAAUAUACUCUUGCGGAUAGCAUCCGCAAUUUUUAUCCAGCCGUAACUUUUUGCUCUGACUUAAUUUCUAAUAAUAAUUGCAUUCAACUUUUUGUCUCAUUAAACCCGAUGUGAAUGCUGAAUGAGAAUGCGUUUUUUAUUGUUAUCACCCAUUAAGUAUUAUAGUGUAUGACUACGAGUCAAGUUUAAGAAUAACCAAUAAAACAAAUGCAAAAAAAUUAAA